GACACCCUGCUCCACCGAGGUCACGUGAGGUGUUUUGUUGACGGUUGUCGCUGCUGCGUUUCUCACGAUGAAUUCACGGACUUAUCGGUGUAACGCCGCCGCCGCCGCUGCUGCAAUGUCAUCGCCCAGCUAGAGUCAGGCAGCAAACUGGAGGCGGAAAACCGAACCGGACCGGCUGCUGAGGACGUCCUUCGCUUCACAAAUGCCAACCGAGCCUUGACAGUGUCGGUGAAGGGAGAAGAAAGAAGCCCCCGCUGCUGUAGUGAUGGUUUUGUUGUCGGCUUGAUCCUAAAAGGAGGAAUUGUUUUCACCUCCCAGGAAGAGGGACAGCAGCUCGUGAAGUUCAUAUGACGAAACCUGCUCUUUUCUGAGGUAAUUAGACCAGAUUUUAUCUUCAUUAUCAUUAUAUUUAUGUUUGAUUCUAUGUAAACUGGAACAAUGUCAAUGAAAACGCACACCGAAUUGAAGGGAAACCUAGCUUUCUCCAUCAGCUUCAUCAUUAGCAUUCACCAGAAUCCUCAGGGAUUGACGGGCAGCUCGACUGUCCAAUCAGAAGGCUCAGAAUGCCGAGGUGGACCAAUCAGAGGAGAGUAAGGCGGAUUUUUAGUAAUAAGGAAAAGCUUCACGUCCGGAAUGGCUGGUUUGUGUUGAGUGUUAUGUUUUUAACAAACCAGCAGGAGAAUAAUCGCUUUAGAUUAAUAACACGUGGAUUUGACACGGACUAUACACCUGGAUUAUAUCAUGUAAAUCAUUCAGACAUGAAUGGCACUAGUGUGAAACUCAGACUGUCCCAGUAUGACCAAUUUUAUGACAUCCAUGACCCUGUUUACCGUGAAAUGCAUCUGAUAUGUGGCAAACAUGUUUACUCUUGCUCUAGAAACUUAUUGGUAUCGAUUGGUCAUGGUUGUUGCUCCAGUUAGUUGAGGUAUGAUUAUAUCUGUAAAGGCCAUGGUCAAUAAGAAAUGUCAUAUUCUGUUGACAUUCAGGUAUUAAAACUAUAUUUUACUUACUUUAAAAGGUUUUAUCACCUUUUAAAGAUGUCUGUUUUUACAAGUUAACUAUAAUAAAUAAAGAAGUUAGGCCUAAUAGCUUGGCCUGCUGGUUUAUCAUGUGGAAGCGUUGAUAAUCUCACGCUCAUUUGCCUGAUUUUUUUCUUCUACCUGGUGUAAUUUGCAAGCCUGUCUUUGUGAAUAUUGGUGAGAUUUUCCUCUGUUUUCGUUUUCGUUUUCCAGAAUUUCUUCUUUUUGAUCUUUAAAGUAGAUAAUUAUGAUACAGCUGUUUUCUCAAUUUCACUUCUCCAUUUUUGCUUCACUGGGUUUUUGCUAAAUAGAAACCAAGAGCAGAAACCUUAAAGGGAAUCACAACUGAAGCAACACAUCUAAAUUCAGACAGACUGAUACCUAUAAAUGUAUCGAGAAGAAAACUUUACAUGCAGCUCUUACCAAACUAACUUUUAAAUCUUUUCUUCUAUCUCCAGCCACUGGAAAGGGCUGACUGGACUGUGUCCUGUGGACGGAUCAAAAUGGCUAUCGUGAGACAAUUCAGACUGCUGGUGUGGAAAAACUAUCUUCAGCAGGUGAGUUGGAGGGAGAAUCAUCCUCACCCUGUCUGUAUAAUCCCUUAUUAGGUGCUGCAGUUGUGAACCGCCAUGAGGAGUUGUGUUUAUAGUGCAGGUGUCUGUAUGACAGUACUUGUUAAGUUAUUGUCUUACAGGUUGUUAUAAAUACAGAAAACUGACUAACAUUUUGUUUUGAGCUGCUGCUGAUGUUACCCAGCCGCUUUGAAACUUAUUGAUGUCAAUAAUAUACAGCUCAGCCGCUGUGUUGUUGUGUCACAGGUUCCAGUUAGGUCAAUACUUUGGUUAGUGUCACAUGCUUUCCUAGCCUUUUAUGGCCGUCUGAAGGGGAGAUCACCGUCUCUAUCUUUCUUUGCCUUACCCUAAACCUCUAAAAUCACGUAACAGUAACCUGUAAAGUCAGGUUUUUAUUGUGAAACUGUAAAUUCAUAUUCCUGAACAGGCAUGUAACUAGAAAGAGAAUGAAAUUGUGUUCGUUUUUUUUUUCUUUUUAUUAUCAAUCAAAAAAAAAGAUGUAGCGCAAAGUGCUUUACAUAGCAGAGGAAUAAAAGAAACAAAGACAACCAUAAUCUACUCCAGCCCAACCCCGCAAUCUAAGCACAAUAGAAAUGUGUAUUAAAAUGCAUAAACUUACAAAGAGCUCGAUUCAUAUAAACAGGAAUGUGUGCGCCGAGGACACGCCGUUUUAAAAUUCAAGGUAAGGAAACACUGGAGGUUUAAAAUCUAAAAACAAAGUAACAUAAAAUGAUUUUUAAGAAAUAAUAAAUAAAAUGAAAUAAAAACAACAGUAAAAGAUACGAAAAUAAGAGCACCAAAAUAGAUCAAUAAAAGACGAUCCUGUCAUUAAAACUAGAAGAGAUAAAUGCUAAAAUACUUAAAGUUAAUGAUAUAAAAUUAAAAUAUUAGUGACAUUAGUGUGUUUUUAAAUACAGCAAGAACUGUUUGUAUGUAUGCCUUCAAAUACACAUUAAAUUUUCUCGUGAUUGUAUAAAAUCCAAAGACAUACCAAGGCAGAUAAAGAAAUACUACAUAUAAGAGUCAGGGAUUCACCAUGUAGGAUUUUGGAGAUAUUUUUAAACUUAUUUUGCAUACCUACACGCUGUACACCAGGUUUUCUUGUGUAAUUAUUGUAGGAAAAAACCUAAAACGAGUCAACUUUUUAUCCUACUGUUUUCGUCAAUCCUAGAGGAUGAUGAAAAUUUCUGGCACUGCGGCUUUCUCUGUGCCAUUCAAGAUGAUGGGCCGUUAAAUUGGAAGUAUUUGAUGGAGUGUCUGCUUUAUAAGUAUUGCAAAUAGCUACUUCAAAAUACUUCCAUACGCCUGACAUGUUAACGCUUGUUGUUGUGGGUGGGCUGUCAUCAUCAUGUAGACAAUGAAUGCGCCACCCAACUCGCAGUAGAUAAUGGAGGAAACCUUCAUAUCUCCCAUCAAGGAUAAUUAACUUUUUAAGCUUCUGUCUGCCACUAAUAUGCAUCCCUAUUAAAGCAAGCAAAUUAAGUUUACGAGCAGCUCAUGUAUCCGACAGAAAUGAAGCCGGUAGAGUUUCUCCUUUUGUGAUUUAACGAUAAUCACAUUCUUGAUUUUUCUCCAACUCUCUCAUAACUUGGUAAACUUGUUCGGCUUGUUGAACUCCAAACCUCCUCGACUGAAAUUGCAUUGUGUAGUAACAGUUCACCUAAAGGCUUGCACUACAUGUUCUGCAUGAAAAAUAAUAUUUCAUUGUCUUACUUCAGUUUGCAAAAGAUAAGAACAGCUUUUUUCCAAAAUACAAAUCAUGCCAUUGUGGUGCACCUGCAUAGUUUUGUACUUCUGUAUCAGUUGAUGGUUGCACAACCCCACUGGUAUUCAGGUUGGUGCCAUGUAAUCAGAUUCAGAGCAUGCCUGAUGUGUGAUAGUCAUUCUUUGUGCACUCACUGCUGCUCUGGUUGUGGUUGUCCUGAGACUACAGAGACUCCAUUAAGACCAGGCGGGGAAAAAUACUGUCUUGGUGUUGCUGAGCCAACUUGGCCGCAGAACACGAACACAGUCUGCAUGUUUAUCACUUAGACUAAAUUUCCAAAUGUGAUGUAUUGCUGCGUUUUACCCUCUCUAGCAGAAGGCUGACAUCAUAUGGCCUGUAAAAGCCCGCUGUAAAAACGGCGUUCAUUUCAGGGACACUGUCAUAAAUUUCCUCAUUCUCAUAAAAAAAGUGGAGCAGUCAUGCUGGGGAAUGUUGUCAUUUGCACGUCCUUUUCACACAACGUCAUUUAGAAGAUAUCAUUGUGUAUAGGGAAUCAUUAUAAAUCAAAUAUAACUAGAAAAGAAGCUGCUUCAAUCCAAGAUUAUAGCUCAAGAUUUGACAUGUUUUUACUCCCUCUCCCUCUGUGUUUAGGACCAUUUUAAGACUAUUUAUUUUGUUCCCCAUUUAAGUGUUACAUCAAGUCGCCUGCACGGUCUUCUUCCUGUUUGUCACAUGAGUCCACGUGGACAUUGUCCCACGGGAAUCAGAGUUACCUUGGGUACCCUGACUGUCCUGCAAACUCAGGCAACAACAUAAGGCCGACGAACUCAUUGUGCAACAGUGUGAGGUCUAAUAUUGAUACCUUAAUACCGUGGACUUAAAAGAACUGUCUGUGAUGGGUUUUUUUUAAAGGUAACUGCCUUUAUUUGGAGAGGACAGGGCAGUGGACGGUAUAGAAAAGUGAGUGAGAGAGCAAAAAGUUAUGAGCAGGAUUUAAAGUUUGAAGAAAUGCUUCACUGAGUUUAUCUGUGUGCAUUUUAAUGUUAUUCAAACAUUUAUCGAGAAACCAGAACACACAUCAUGACACCGAGGCUGUGACUGAUAACAUUCAGUUCAUUAAGUCGAGGUAUACCUUAUCCUUAAAAUCCUUUUAAUCCUCAGUGUGCCUUAUAAUCAGUUGAGCCAUAUGUAUGAAUUCUGCUUGUGCUUACUGACCUCGAACUGAUUUUAUGUGGUACACAGCGCUCAGAAAUCUGUCGAAAUGUUUUAGUACGACUUCGAUAAGCUACAAAGCAGCACAGCCUGAUGGCUUGUCGGAGCGCUGCAGCUACCGUAGCCUCGCUUAUUGAAUGAGUUAAAUUAAGUUUGACUUAUCAGACUGUUUUGUUUGGAUUAAUGCGCUUUAUAAUCCGGUGCCCUUUAUGUAUGAAAAUAGACGGCUCCGAUAUUGACAAAUUAACUGGAUCAGAUAUCUGAUGAAUGACACCGAUCUAGUGUUCCGAUCCAAUCUUUUUCUUGAAAUACAUGGAAGUCUUACUUCUUUUUGCUGUGCGCUAAUGUCCAAAUUAUUUUUUGUUAGUAAAUGAUAUGAAGUAAAUUUAUAUCUGUGUUAAUAUGUCACCUUUUUUUUAACAAGGCUAAUGUCAAGCCUGAUGCCUUCACUCACAGGUGUAGGUAUACAGUUAAUUCAUUCAACAGUAGUAUUGGAUCGGUAUUGGAUAUCAGCAUAUACGCUCAGCCUAGGUAUCGGUAUUGGAUUGGAUCUGGAAAAACAUGGAUUGGUGCAUCUCUAGUCUGGAACAAAUAAAAGUCGUGUUCAAAAGAAAGUGUGUUAAUUUGCUCCCCGGACAAUGGCCAAAUCUGGGUCAUGGCACUCAUGGGAAAUGUAGUUUUCACCCUGGAAAUACCUCACUUACUUUUAACCUGUAUCGUCACAACAUGAAAACUCCUUACAGCGCCUUUAAAUGACACAGAAGUGACGUGUGUUUUAUGUCCUCACAUUUUUAAGUGUAGACAUGUGAAAUAAUAUCCACCAUAAGCCCAACAACACUUGUUAUUUAAUCAGGGUAAUAAUAUCUGAUCAGAGUUAUAUAAUUAGGUUAAUACCCAGAUGGUAUUCAGGGUAAGAAGCAGUCUUUGACAAAAACACUGUUGUUCAGAUUUGGUCAUAUGAUGAAAUCUGUUGGCUCAUUAAAACAUACUUAAAAACACGGACUAACAGGAAAUGCAUCUAAUCUUGUGUAAUCCUCGUGAUUUGGAAGCAAAGGGGGAAGUAAAGGGGGAGUUGAUUUUAAUGUCCUGAAACUGCCCGAGUCAUUUUAUACUCCCAUCAUUCAUCAGGAGGAGACCAUCAGAUAAAUUAGGCUGUUUCAGCUGCCUGUGAAAUCAUCUUAUUUCAAUUCUGAGUAAAGUGAUAAUGACAGACUGCUGCCCAGACCCCAUCUGGGUUGACAAUCAUUGUAGUUAGUCUAAUCAUAGGAUGCUGAGUCUUCUGAAAUGGCCUUUCUGUCAAUCUCCAUUAGUUCUGAGAAAUAUCAUAACCCUCUAAAUGACAGAUCAUCUCUCUUUCUUCUCCAUAGAAACGUCAAAUUUUGGUAACUCUGGUGGAGAUUCUCCUUCCCCUGCUCUUCUCCGGCAUCCUCAUCGUGCUGCGUCAGAAGGUCCCCUUUAAGGACUACCCGAAUGCAACCAACUAUGAGAGCUACUCUGUGGACAGACUGCCCCUUCCUCUUGCCUUCCAACAUUUGCAGCUGGCCUAUGUGCCCGGUAACUCCAGCGUGGUUCGUCAGGUGGCGGAGUACGUGCGAGGCAGCCUGUUCCUCUCCUCAGGUAUGCAACAGGUUAUGGAAAUGAGUGUCAAACAAAGCUGAUACGAUGAUUAUGUUGGAAGUUUUAUAACCACUAAAACAAAUACAACCUUGACUGAAGCCAGCUGCAAAAUGGGAGAGCACUGGGAAUACUGGUUCUUCUAGAAACAUCUCUCGGGAAAGCGAACAAGCCGCACCCUACUCUUGUGUCAGACAACAUGAGCCGGGAGUUUAGAGAGGAAAAGAAGAAGGCUCUUCCACUGAAGUCUGCUUCAUUCACACACACACACACACACACACACACCUGCAGGACCUGUUGUUCUUAGUGUGUAAUUACAUAUUUGUUUUCAUGAUCUGUCAGGAGGAUGGAUGAAUCGCAGCAGUGAGAGGCUAAAGGAAAGAGAAGCAGGUCGACUGAAAUGUGUGACUGCAGGUUGUCUUGUCCUGCGAGGUCCCGGCUCAGCUGCUCAUGAAUAAUUCAGUUGGUGUUAGCGUUCAGACGGAUGAUCAAGACGACAGAAAGUGACCCUCAGGGCUUGGAUGAAAAUAGCGGAUUCCGGAGUUUGGAGUUUAAAGCACUUUUCGUACUUUAAACGUCAUUGUUUACACAUUUAAACAACCCAGAGAUAAGAAAAAAGACCAGUCAUUCGAUUGGUGUGAGGGUGUUAGGUGUUGAAACUGCCUACUCAUGUAUAUGGUGGUAUAGUAAACUGUGAAACGAGAGGGUUGCCUAAUAAGCACGAAAUGGAGUGCAACACAAAAAAACGCUUGUGGUUUUUCUUCAGUUUUCUCUGUAAUAGGAUAAAAUAUCAGAACAAUAACUCUUCACUAGAGAAAGAGUCUAAGUUUAGUUAAUUAAGUCCCAUCUGAGAAGCUGCAACUGUUAUAAAACCUAGAUAAUUAUAUAAGUUAAUAGAUCCCAGCCUUUUCUGUCCGAAGCUGCGGGUUUUGACUCUCAAACUUUUGGUGGUGGAAGUCUGAAAAGGUCACUCAGUUCAGCCCAAGUUUGACCUCGAUGGAAAAAUCGACUCACUGGAGCUUCACAUUAUAGAGUCAGUUUUCUGAACACUGUCAUGCAGCUGUCAGGGGCCGACCAAAUGAGAGCUCAUCCAACUUUUUACGAAUUAAAACAGAUACACACAGAUAUAGAUAAUGUUAUUCUUUCGGCUUUUCGGUUGUUAUUGUAGCGAACCAGUCGAGCUGUUUGGACUUCUCUCUCGAUCGUGUGUUUCUUUCUCAGCCUUCACAGUCACAACAGAUGGUUGUUCACCAUGAGUCUGGUUCUGCUCAGAAGGAAGCCUUUUCUGGUCACUGCCACCAGAUUGUUGCACCAAAGUGUCGUGUAGGGUUUUGUUAUAAAAUGAAGCGCCUACUCUUCUUCAUUUUAGGGCUGUACAAUCUGUUGCUCCUCCUUGCAUCACCUGUGCUUCACAGACAAUGCUUUGAGUUAGUUUGCAGUUUCCAACUCUUCCAAAACCUUCAGCAGAGCCAGCAUGUUGACGAUUGUGCAAAUGAUAUCAAGUAGGGGUGGGAGAAAAAAUCGAUUCAUAUAAGCAUCGAGAUUUUUUUGUUUUACAUUUUUUAAAUCCAUUUUUAUUCAAGGAUUCAAGGAACUUUAUUUGUCAUACCCCACACCUUUGACAGUCUGGGGUACGAGAUUAGUAUCCAGGUCCGUUUUCAAGCCAAGAGUAAAAAUACAAUAAAUGCAAUAAAUUUAUGACCAAAAAUCGUUUAUUUUCUCCAAAUUUAAGAACACAUCUUAAAAACUGACUUACAUGUGAUGUGUAUUUUUUGUAGAGAUAUGGUUCCUUGAAUAGUCGGCAGACAAUCAUAAUCAUUCAACUGUUUCACUGGUGUUAAAAAUGCAGACUAAACAUCGAGAAAAUCGACAAUAUCGUAGAAGCACAAUUUAAACCGAAUUGAAAUAAAAAAUAAAAUAUGAAAGUGGGUAGAGAAGGAGACGGAGAAGAAAAGGGGGGAAUGAGAUCCAGAAAAAGACGUCAGGCUGGACUCAAAACCAGGGCUGCAAGCUUCAAGGACUUCAUCCUGGCACUCCCAGACCUUGUCAUUUAAUUCCCUGAGAUACAUCUUAUCGUGAAAAUACUUAUACAAAUUAAAGGUUUCGAUCAUUUAUUACUCCGUCUAAGUAAGUCAAGUUUUUUUUAACCAUUUUCUUUCAUUUUUAGCAAAUUUGUUUUUAUUUUUGAGAAGAAUGAUGAGCUGUUUUGAGCUUAAAUAAAAGUCAAAUGUUUUAAUUCCUUAUUUCUUAUGCUUUCAGACCUGUAUCCUUAAAUAACCUCUUUCGACACCAUCUGCAGGUUGAGGAUUUUCACGUUAACUAAAUAUGAAUCUGCUUCAUAUUUCAGGAGUCUGCAGGAAAAGUGCUGCAUGUAUGAGCAGCUACCUCUCUCUGUGUGUGUGCGUGUGUCUCUUCAUGCUCCUGUUUACUUUAAGAGACUGACCCAGAUUUCACCUUUACACCAGUGUGUAAAAAGCGGCGUCCUUUGCCGAACUCAAAAUACCUCCAUGUGCGCUUGAUAAGGGAGUCAAACAUUACCAUUGAGAAAUCCAGUUUUACAGGAAUAAGACGUUUUAAUCUGGAGUAAAGAAGAACUGAUCAGUUUUUCUUUCAUGUUAUUUUUAUUUCAUGCAUCUGUGUUAAAAAAGCACGCAUAUGUGUGCAUUUACAUGAACUGUUUGGGAGUGUCUGACUCGCUGCAUUGAUAAUAUCAUAUUUAAUUCUGUAUGCUGCCGGCAUCUUGAACCCUCAGACAGACGGUGAGGAUAAAGAGCACCAAGGUCAAGCAGCGAGACAGGCCUUAAAAACAGACGUACGUGAGAUGAAUACCGCUCCGCAACUAAUGCAAUUUCUUUGUGUGUCUGUGUGUGUUUCUUUCUCAGUGCGCGGCUUCGAGACAGAGGAGCACUUUGAGGACUUUGUGAGAAAUGACCCUCUGUCGGGAAAGAUCCUAGCGGCUGUGGUGUUCGAGCACCCCAUCCUCCAUGAUGAUGAGCCUCUGCCUGCGAAGGUGAGAGCUGAAACAACACAAUACAGCUGAUCGAUGGUGUGCGAUCAGGAACCCUGAGUCGAACUUCUUCAUUCACAGAAGAAGUACGAUUACUUCGAGGUUGCAUGCAGACACACUCAGCUUAGAAAAGAGAGGAAUGAAUACACAGUUUUGAUGCUUUGUAUGUUGUACCAGUAAGACCGGUUCAGGCACAUCGUUCUCUCUGAAAACUGCUUGUUUACUCGUCUUUAUGCUGUUGUUGUUGCCACUGUGCGGUUUAAAAAUAGAAGAAAGAGAGAAGCUUAUGGGUUUAAUAACAAAGCACAAGAGUACGAUGUUAUUGUGAGAUUCAGUAGUUCAGGUAAUGAAGCUUUCUGAUUUUCUGAUGGACAAAUACACAGUUUGACCCCCUUAGAGGAAACUGUUGUUCGUCCGACUCUAUUGAUCUGAAAGCUCAGACGUCUUGGAGUUCCCAUGGAGAGAGUGAGAGACAUCGUCCCACAUGUUUGCUUACAUAUCCUCAUUUCUACUCAGUCGUACUCUGUUUGCUUGUCUGUCCUGGUCUCUUUGGAAUCAGUUCAUCAGACACAGACAAGAUAGUGUGAUGCAAUAAAGCCAAGGAGAGAAAAAACAACAUGUAAACUACACUCACCGGCCACUUUAUUAGGUACACCUGUCCAACUGCUCGUUAACACUUAAUUUCUAAUCAGCCAAUCACAUGGCUGAAAAUUAGUGCAUUUAGGCAUGUAGACAUGGUCAAGACAAUCUCCUGCAGUUCAAACCGAGCAUCAGUAUGGGGAAGAGAGGUGAUUUGAGUGACUUUGAACGUGGCAUGGUUGUUGGUGCCAGAAGGGCUGGUCUGAGUAUUUCAGAAACUGCUGAUCUACUGGGAUUUUCACGUACAACCAUCUCUAGGGUUUACAGAGAAUGGUCCGAAAAAGAAAAAAUAUCCAGUGAGCGGCAGUUCUGUGGGCGGAAAUGCCUUGUUGAUGCCAGAGGUCAGAGGAGAAUGGCCAGACUGGUUCGAGCCGAUAGAAAGGCAACAGUGACUCAAAUAACCACCCGUUACAACCAAGGUAGGCAGAAGAGCAUCUCUGAACGCACAGUACAUUGAACUUUGAGGCAGAUGGGCUACAGCAGCAGAAGACCACACCGGGUGCCACUCCUGUCAGCUAAGAACAGGAAACUGAGGCUACAAUCUGCACAAGCUCAUCGAAAUUGGACAAUAGAAGAUUGGAAAAACGUUGCCUGGUCUGAUGAGUCUCGAUUUCUGCUGCGACAUUCGGAUGGUAGGGUCAGAAUUUGGCGUCAACAACAUGAAAGCAUGGAUCCAUCCUGCCUUGUAUCAACGGUUCAGGCUGGUGGUGGUGGUGUCAUGGUGUGGGGAAUAUUUUCUUGGCACUCUUUGGGCCCCUUGGUACCAAUUGAGCAUCGUUGCAACGCCACAGCCUACCUGAGUAUUGUUGCUGACCAUGUCCAUCCCUUUAUGACCACAAUGUACCCAACUUCUGAUGGCUACUUUCAGCAGGAUAAUGCGCCAUGUCAUAAAGCUGGAAUCAUCUCAGACUGGUUUCUUGAACAUGACAAUGAGUUCACUGUACUCAAAUGGCCUCCACAGUCACCAGAUCUCAAUCCAAUAGAGCAUCUUUGGGAUGUGGUGGAACGGGAGAUUCGCAUCAUGGAUGUGCAGCCGACAAAUCUGCGGCAACUGUGUGAUGCCAUCAUGUCAAUAUGGACCAAGCUCUCUGAGGAAUGCUUCCAGCACCUUGUUGAAUCUAUGCCACGAAGAAUUGAGGCAGUUCUGAAGGCAAAAGGGGGUCCAACCCGUUACUAGCAUGGUGUACCUAAUAAAGUGGCCGGUGAGUGUAUGUUACCAAUGCAGACAGAUCUCAGGGAUCUUUGACGUUUUAUCAGAGAGAUAAAGUCUGAUUUGAGAUGAAUUUUGUCACCUGUUUACAGAAGUUGUUUUCGCAGUUCAAUUACCAGAUUUGAAGACUGGGACAAUUAAGACAGCUGGAUAUUCAAAGUGAUUUUUUCUGCUGUUGCUGGAGGCGAAUUUGAAAUAAAUGCAAGUGGAUGUCGUGAUGUAGAGAAACAUUUAUUAUCGUUUCACAUUCGAAUAAAAGACUUGGACGUACACGAUCAUUAAACCAGCAAUCAGACUCUAUUCACAGUGACCAGCAUUUGUCAGACACAGAAAGGAUGGAAUUAAACUACUGUAUGCGCUGGUCUGUAAUUUUUAUGUUUCAUUUAAUGGAUUCAUGUACGUAGGUUGGGUUUAAUAGGAGGUUGCCUGCAGGCUGGACUUGACCUCGGCGCCUCCAACUGAGUACCCUGAGUCGAGCACACAUGGAAACCCUGACAGAUAAACUCUGUAUUGGUCAACCGGUAUAUCACUGCAGAUUUACCACCAAAUGUCUUCGAUCAAACACUUAUUUUUGUAGCUUGAUUGUAAACCUUGUAGGAGGUGUAGAAAUGCCUGAAAACCCUCAAUAGAUCACCAAAAGAGUUUAUUGAGCACUUUUUAUCCCACAGAGAUACACGGUAUAGUUCCCAAGAAACCGUAAACAAUAUUAAUGGUGUCACGUGGAAUCGCUGUAUUCAUCACUUUGUUUGUUCCAUCUAAAAUUAAACUGAUAGCUUUUAUCUGAGGCUCAGUUGAUGAAUUCAUACCCUCUCUUUCGACAGGUGAGCUACCACCUGCGUUUCACCUUCACCCCACGCAACGCCCCGGCCAGAGAGAAGUUGGUGCUGAACCCGAACAAUGACCUGGACUGGCACACGCUCAGCCUCUUCCCCCUCUUCCAGCUGCCAGGGCCGAGGGAGCAGUACGAUAAGGAAGGGGGCACGCCUGGUAAGACCCUCGUAUCUGCCGCUGAUCCGACCCCUCUUAUCUCCUGAAUCCUCUCAUCUGUCUUUCCAAUUCCUCCGUCUCACUUUUACGGUCUCGCAAAUCAAAACACAUCCUGGUGGGGCUGACCGCGUUAGUCCACGAAAAAGCCACAUAGAGAGAGCGUGAUUGAUGAAAAACCACUUAUUUUCACACGACUACCAAGCGGGAGACUGUUUCCAUGGCAACAACUGCCCUACACAUCUCGGGCUUGAUCUGUGUAAUCUAGUUUUGGCAGCAGCAUAAUGCCUCCUGCCCUCGCAUCCUUUGUUGGGUCUUUGUGGGGUGUCAGGCUCUGUAAUGGAGGCAUCAGAAACUGUUGACUUUAUCUUCACUUUUGACCGUCUGGUCGUCAGCUUGAAAUCGUGUUAUAAUGAAGAAUUCGCUAUGAGAUAACGCACAGUUCCGGUGUCCACAGUCGGGCCUGAACCCGCUUCAUUUUAGAACGAGGUCUAAAGCCGAAGUUGAACUUUAACGGGAGAAAGAGGCUUCAGAAGACGGAGUCAUCCUCACAGUGUAAUUGAAGCUUUAACAGUCACGUGGAUAUGGAUUUCCAGCCUGCAGAAACAUAAUUAGGUCUGACUGCAGCUCCUCAAGGAAGUUAACUUUCAGAGGGAAGUCAGAGCGACUUUGCCUCGCAGACACGUGUCUUUGGAACUGUGGUUUCGCCUUUGGUGGUUUUUCAGACUCAUACUAAUGCUGAUUAUGCUGAUUAUAAAUUUAAAGUCAAGAUUUCAUUUGUUUUGCAUUAGUUUUGUCGAUGUUUCGUGUGCAAAAACUAAAUCAGAUAAUAUACUUAACAGCUUUUAAUCUUACACAGCCCCCCAAAAAUCCAUCUGUUUAGAAAAUAUAACAUUGGGAUCAUAAUAUAAUGAUAUAAAAUACACAAAUUCUCCAUCCUGAGAGCAGUUAAAUUAUUAGAUUUAGUUUUUUUUUUUCUGAGUUUGAAAUAUUUUUAGAAAAUGAAUCACAUCCUCCAUCUUUCAAGAGCUUAUUUAGGAUUUUCUUCAUCUGUGAGCUCACUAGUUAAGACGCCAGUAAUCCCACAUUCUGCUGCGUUUAACUACUAGCUGUUUAUGAAAUUAGCAUGUGUCAUUUUAAAGUACAUCUUUUAAAUAAUAAAGAAUAACAUUAGCUAACAAAAAGAAGGCUGUCACUGCAAAAACUCCAGUCCAGAAGUCCAGAAAAUUCUUUAAUUUAAGAAAAUACAGGCUAGAAAUAAGAACUGGAAUAUUUAUAACGAGUAAAAAACAUGAGAAAAUAUCAAAAAGUCAAAUUCUUGAAAUAGAAUAAUUACAUCUCAGUCCAUUAAUAGAUUUUUUUACUCAUAGGGAGUAAUUUAUUUAUUAUUUUUGGCACAUGAUAAUGCAAAAACAACAAAUAUAUCUGUACCAGACAUGCUCCUUCUACUCGAGCUUUGAUUCGGUAGUUGAAAUGAUAUUCUCCACGAUUUAUUGUUCAGCUUCAGUUAAAUUCACAUAUUUUUCAAUCUUUCAAGGUUACUGGCGAGAGGGAUUCCUGGCCGUCCAGCACGCCGUCGACCGAGCCAUCAUGAUCUCCUACAACAGAACUGCUGCGUCCCCCCUGCUGCGACAGAUCAGAGUCGUCCUGUCCCGCUUCCCUUACCCCGCUUUCAUAUACGACGUCUUCAUCCUGGCCAUUCAGAACCAGCUGCCUCUACUCCUGGUGCUCAGUUUCACCUACACUUCUCUCAACAUAGUUCGAGCCGUGGUGCAGGAGAAGGAGAGGAAACUCAAGGUGUGUUAAAUUGUCUCUAUAUUGACUCUGCUUUUCCUCCAGCUGGGAAUAAAAACUAAUAAAAACCUCGUUUUGCGCGUUUCAGGAGUACAUGAGGAUGAUGGGUCUCAGCAACUGGCUCCACUGGAGCGCAUGGUUCCUCAUGUUCUUCCUCUUCCUCUGCAUUUCAGUCUUCUUGGUCACUCUGCUUCUUUGUAUCCAGGUUAGUUUAUUUGUCUUAAUCACUGUUACAUAAGUCUGCAUUCCAACACGUAAUGCUUUAAGCUGAUUCAAGCGUAAUACAAUGUCAGUAUCAACAACACUACCCCUGCAGUAUGAGUUUGUUUAACAGAAAAAUGUGAAGAUAACUCCAACACUUAUGAUGGCUGCCAAACAAGAAGAGCAGAGGCUGAAAAAGAAUAUAACAAGAAGCAAGACUAAUAAUACUAAUAAACAUUAUAAUAACAGAGGUGACUUAACAAUGACAUGCUGUUUUAGGUGAGCCCCAACGGAGCAGUGCUGACUUACAGUGACCCCACGCUGGUCUUCGUCUUUCUCCUGGUCUUCGUCGUGGCCACCAUCAACUUCAGCUUCAUGAUCAGCACCUUCUUCUCAAGAGGUGCGCUCACUCUUCACUCAGGAAAACCGUAGCUUUGUGUUGUGUUCUCUGUGGGCUGUUUAUUUUACUCUCAGUUGAGCCUAAAAGCAGCAAUAAAAACUUCAUUUUUACUAAAACAUCUCAGCGGUAGGAGCUCUUAAAAACGGCUAAACACGGCACGUAAAGAUCGAUCCUGUGAACUUCUCAAUAUAUCGAGGUAUUGAUUUAAGGCCAUAUCGCCCAGCCCUACUGUCUCUGUUUUAUUCACAUAAAAAGGUAGUACAUCGUGUAAAUGAAGUUACCCCGAGCGCUCUCUGCCUCAGGCCACAUGAUAUUAAAAGUAUCUUAUUAGGCUGGAACUGAGUAAACGUCGCAGAGACGAUUGAAAUUCAUCUCUCUUUGUGCAGUACGUUCCCCUCUUUUAUUCAGAGCUUUCUCAUUAGGAGAAGACGCUUUCUGCUUUCAAUUUCCAGUGUCCCUCUGACUCACUGUAGUGCAGCCUUUUUGCAGAGGAAAGCGCACAAACACUUAUCUUGUUUGCCCGGCAUGCGGUAGUUUAUGUUCUGCUGAAAAUCAUCUGAAACAUUAAUUGAUUGUGACUGGUAAUGGUUAAAGCUUAAAAGCCUUUUUUUCCAUAGAGGCAGAGAGAUUCAUGCAUUCACUGAGUCUCUCUUUUGCAUUAUUUAUUCAUACCAGUAACUUCAUUCACUUCCUCACCUGCACAAAUAGUCGUCCCACUUAGUUUCACACAUUUUGACCUGUAUCUUUAUCAGCUGGGUCCAUUAAUCAUUGUCCAAACUGUCAUAUUUUACAGCCUAACUUGUGACUGGAAUUGUGUCAGUUCUCGCUGAAAACACAGGCUGCUGAAACGAGACCGUUUUAGCGACUCCGUACAUGAAUAUAACAUUGGACUGUUAAAUAAUGAACCUUAUUUGGAGACGGAGGAGGAGGUCGGCUGUGAAGUAAACACGCUGAAUGAACAGAGGAUCCUUCUGCGUACUCCCUGAUCAGUUUUUGAGAAAGACAGACUGUUUUUCUAGCAGAGUAAUUUUCCACCAGCGGGCUCCCUGGAUAUUUGUGAUAGCACUUAAUCAAUGCGUGUUUCAUGCGUGCUCAAAAUGUCACAUUGUCUGCCAUGAGUGCUCUUCUGAGAGUUCUUGUCAUGCUGCUCGAAAUUGGAAAAAUAACAGCCCUGAAAGUCUUUCUUUCGCCUCAUGCACAGCACCCCUCCUCUCACCCCAACCCCCCUGUCUCUCUAUUGUCCUCCUUCAUGCUUCAUGCGGACGGCACUCACACACUUUCCCUGUCAAUCACAGAAAUGGGUCUUUCUGGGAAAAAAAAAGUAAAUGACUGUUCGCUGCUGCAUAGAUCCUCCAAUGCACGGCUGCUUAGACUUCUUUUGUGGUGCAGCAGCUUUUACACACUUCAUUUUUAUCCAUCAGUUUAUUACCCAGGGCUGCAAAGUUUUACUCACGUUCGUCUUAACCUUCUUUUCUGUUUAAUUGUAGCUAACGUGGCAGCAGCUGCAGGCGGGUUCAUCUACUUCAUGAGCUACCUGCCAUACUUGUUCCUCUGGCCUCGCUACGAUUUACUGAGCCAUGCCCAGAAGGUGUCAGCCUGCCUCAUCUCCAACGUGGCCAUGGCCAUGGGAGCUCAGCUGAUGGGAAUGUUUGAAGGCAAAGGUGAGGAGGAGUUACUGUGAAGCCACAUUUUCAACAUUUGUUAUUGUUAUUUUAUUUGCACUAAAGUAGACAUGAAAUAAUCACAUAUUUAAAACAAAGAAGUUCAGAGAAACUGUGCAGGAGAGGAAAGAAGCCUAAAGGGCUCAUUGAUACAAGUAAAUUAAAACAUGCUGAAUCUUAAACAAUACAACAUCAAAUAAAUGAAAUGACAUGAAAAUAAAGAAACAUUUGCAAUAAAAAAAGGAAAAUAAUACAAAAGAAGAAAAAUAAUAAAAUAAAAUAACAGAAAAAAGGACAAAUAUAAUACAAAAUAAAAUAAUAACACAAAAAAGGACAAAUAUAAUACAGAAAAAGAUAAAUAAUACAAAGAGAUAAUUAACACAAAAAAAUACACAAAAGGAAAAAUAAUACAAAAAAGAAAAAUUAUACAAAGAAAUAAUACAAAAAAGAAAAAUAAUACAAAAUAAAAUAAUAGCAGAAAAAGGACAAAUAUAAUACAAAAAAAGAUGAAUAAUACAAAAAAGAUAAUUAAUACAAAAAAUACACAAAAGGAAAAAUAAUACAAAAAAGAAAAAUGAUACAGAAAAAGAAAAAAAUACUAAAAAGAAAAUAAUAUUAAAAAAUAAAGUAAAACAAAAAUGAUAAAAAAAGAAAAAUAAUACAAAAAAAAUAAAAUAAAACAAAAGAAAAAUGUACAACAAAUUGGAGAAAAAAAAAACAAAAGAAAAAUGGUACAAAUAAGAAAGAAAAAAUACACACAAAAAAAAUAAAUACAAAAGGAAGAUAAUACAAAAAAGAAAAAGAAACUAUACAGUUUUUGCAGUUUAAUUUGCAGUUUUAUUUCUGACUGUUUUAGGAAGUUGAAAUGAACUCUCCUCCUCCCCUUGUCCUCACAGGGACAGGGAUCCAGUGGUCCAACCUGUUUGACUCUGUGACAGUGGAUGAUGACUUCUCCAUGGCUCAGGUCUUAGGCUUGCUGCUGUUUGAUGCUCUGCUCUAUGGGUUGGUGGCCUGGUACAUGGAGGCGGUUUUUCCUGGAGAGUACGGCGUGCCUCUACCUUCCUACUUCUUUGCACUGGUAUGAGUCAUAGUCACCUGAAAUAUACUGUCUGAAUAUUGAUGAUUUUGACCCAGUACAUUUAGUACAUUUCCACUGCAGAUACGGUACUGUGCCAGCUUUGCCAUUCUGGGCAAGUUCCAGCAUUGGCUUUCUGUAAAUGUGCCAUAAAAAGUUCUCAACCUUCGUUUCUAAGCCCCGGAAAGAAAAACAGUUGCAGAGACUUUUUGCACAGCAACACUUUUGCCAGAGACAACCUGACAGCUAAAUGAGUCCACAACAGUUAACCUUUAUCUGAAAGGAAAUCGAAAUAGAAAAAUGUGUUUGUCUACUCUCUUAAUGAUCAGUUUAUUGAUAUCCCUACCAGACACACAUACUGGCUUGACACCUCGCCCCCCUUUGAGGCAGCUUCAUGCAUUUUCAAAUAACCGUCUAGUAAUCUUGUUACUGAUGAUCUAGUUUGCUUUUAUAGCUCAUGAAAGGUUUUUAUGUAAAUUUCAGUCUGCAUAAAACUCCUCAAAGGGGCUCUGACAAAGUUUGGUUAACAAGAUCAUCUUGAAGUUCCUGCUAUGAUCAUGAAGUUGGAUAUUUUUCCAUGACUUGGAGCAAUUAUUGCAUUUUUUAAAAAUUGAUUUGUACAUUUUAAGUCCAUAAACUCAAUUCUAAAUACAUUACAGCUGAAUUUUUGUUUUGAAACUUUGGCACCAAUUUGUACAAUUUGUUGUUUCGGUGUUUACGCUUAUGCUGCAUUCCAGUUACCUCAGAAAUCGGAUGUCAGAGCUGAGAAUGAUGCUACAACCGAGUUGAUGGUGUUGCCUACCUUCAGCCGUUGUCAGCUGUUGUUAGCAGUUGUCAGUUGUUGUUAGCUGUUGUCAGUUGUUUUUAGCCGUUGUCAGUUGUUGUUAGCCACUGUCAGCUGUUGUUAGUUGUUGUUAGCUAUACCAGUUGUAAAAUUAAAUACCACUUUUUUAAUUUUACAAAAACAGAACAGAAGCCGUUAUAAAUAAAGUUAUUAUUAUUAUUAUCAUUAUUAAUAAAGUAUACGCAACUUAUUUUAGCGAUUGCCUUGUUUGAAUAUAAGGCAAGCGCUAAAAUAACUUUCGUAGAUGUAGCCAUCUUGUUUCAGGCCUCUGAUUUAGCUUUUUUCUGACUUGGUAACUGAAACACUGGGAACUCGGAUGUGACGUCAUUUUCAGCUCUGACUUCUCGGACGCAGCAUGAGUACCUCGGGAUGUUGAGUUUGUAUCCUAGCAACAGUAUAAUGGAGAACAUCACACAGAACUUCAGCUGUUGCUUUAAGUGGAAUGUAUACAAGGACAACACAUCUUCUCCUUGACAGUUAGGUGUGAAGACGUAGGACAUCGUCUUAAAGGGACAUGAGACCAGAGCCUACCUACACACAUCCAAAGCCAACUUUUAUUCAUUUAUUUAUUUAUUUGACAACAAACAUACCGAUAUGGGCAAAAUGAUGUAGGUUAUUGACGUAAAUUUGGGUAUUGGAAAAUUUUCGGUUUAUUGCCCAGGCCUAAUUCAGGGGGGCGUUCCAGAUGACUUGGAGCUCGGAAAUCCCGACUUCCAAGUACCACUGGAAUGCACCAUUAGACCACAAGGCUGUCGGCGCCCCAGUUCAUAGGCAUGACCCAUAUUUGCUCACAGACCCAAAUGAGAGAUUUAAUACUGAGUAAUUCCAGUGAAAAUAAAAGCUCACCAGUAUUCAAACACAAACACUAACAGUUGUGUUUAUUUAAAGGCGUUCACAAGUUUAGAUGACUUCUACCAGGAAUUGAACCGGGGUCUGGCACAGCUUUUGCAUUAUAGUUUAUGACUUAUUAUCAUGUCAACAAACAGCCUGGGUGGUGCUCAGCAUUUACAGCGUUGUUGAAAUUUCACGGUCAAGGUGCAGGCCUCUCGUAAAAGUCCAGUUGUUCUACAUUUGAAGACGUAAGUGCAGUCAGUGUCAGCGGAGAGGUUCGCAAACGCGAGGUCACAGUUUUUCAGCCAGAGGAAGGCCUUGAGUUCAGCCAGCCAGAAUAACAGGAAGUGUCUGAGUCUGUCAAGCCAACAAAAAUACAGUUUAUCUUUACAACAACCCACCAUGAUCGCCGAGUGGCGUGCCUCCGUACACACGUAAAAAUAAACUCAUGCUUGCCUGUUUCCCAGUCCCAGAAUCCUGAAGUUCGUCAGAAGGGUGCGGUUUGGAUAUUGACGCACAUUUGUCCUUUGUGUGUCUGUGUGUGUGGGUGUGUGAGGCGGUCUCUGCAACAUAGAUAGUGAGGUUUGACUCUGCUACUCAGGAAGUUCAAGGAGUCCUGGUCAGGAAACAAUCCCCUCUAAUGUAGGAUGCAUAAGAACAAUGAUAGCCAGCCCACUUUCUCUUUCUUGUGUUGUAAUGAACGAUCGUGUUCCUCCUUUUCCCUUACUGCAUCCUGUCACAACGCUGCAUUAAAACGAAGUGUGAGAAAUACAUUGUGCAUGCAGGAUAUGACAUAUCUGAAUUUCUGGGUGACCUCAGGUGCACCCUACUCCGCUUCCUACCUUAAUGCAUCCCUCAUACAGUCUGAAUCCUUUCAUCUGCAGCCUUCAUACUGGUGCAGCAGUCCUCGCAUGGCUUUAGUGAACGAGAAAGAAGAAGAAGAAGAUGCAGAAAAAGCUCUUAAAGGGGAGUAUAUAGAGGAAGAGCCAGCUGGACUGGUCUCGGGGAUCAAGAUUAAACAUCUUGCAAAGGUGAGCAGACAAACAGAGGGGGUCAAGAUGUCUAAAAAAGAGAGUGCACACAAAUAAGAAGGUUACUUUGACCCUGUGAUGGCUUCGCUUAAGUUAUUUCUGCUCGACAGGAAUUCAGAGUGGGCAACAAGACCCGGCAGGCUGUGCGGGAUCUCACUCUGAACAUGUUUGAGGGCCAGAUCGCGGUGCUGCUCGGACACAAUGGAGCAGGGAAGACCACGACACUGUCCAUGCUGACAGGUGAGCGACACAUUUACACCACCACACUAUCAAACAGGUGAGCAUCACCCAAAUCCUCCUCCUCCAGCUUGACGGUCUUUGUGUUUCUGCCUGCAGGACUGUUUCCUCCAAGCAGCGGCAGAGCUUAUAUUAACGGCUACGACAUCUGUCAGGACAUGGCUCUGAUCCGCCGCAGUCUGGGACUCUGUCCUCAACAUGAUGUCCUGUUUGAUAACCUUACCGUCAGAGAACACCUUCUCUUCUAUGCACAGGUACUUACAAGAUUGCACACAAAAUACACACUCAGCAUCAGUCAGUCUUUAUCUACUCUAUGUUGUGCCACAGAUGUAUAAUUAGAACACUUCGGGGGCUAGUUUUGUCUAAAUCUGUGUUUUUAUUUUUGUCUCUAGUUGAAAGGCUACUCCAAAGAGAAGAUCCCAGAUGAGGUGGACCGGAUCAUACGGAUCCUAAACUUGGAGGACAAGAGGAAUGCCCGCUCUAAGACCCUCUCCGGGGGCAUGAAGAGGAAGCUCUCCAUAGGCAUUGCCCUCAUUGGAGACUCCAAGGUAACGAAUUUGAUGAGGAUUUUAUCUUUUUGUUUAUUCUCUCUCGCCGUAUCCUUUUAAGUUUGAGUUAAAAUCAAACAAAAAAGUGUUUGUUGGCAGGGGGAGACAAACUGAGGAGGGAAAAAAUGCAAAUUAAUAACAGAAUAAGUACAAAAAGUGUGAUUAAGAGGACGUAGUGUUUGCAGAAGUGAGCAUCAUUAUUUUUGUCACUUGCAUCUUUAGGAUCCGGAUUAAAAAUGUGACUUUUACUCAUAUAUACACACUAGGGCUGGGCGUUAAACUGAAAAUUUGCUGAUACCAAAAUUUACGACAAUAACCAACGUCAUUUUGCCCAUGUCAGUCAGUGUCAUGGUAUUGAUUUGAGGUCAUAUCGCCCUGCCCUAAUACACGCAGAAAACAGGGUCUCUGAUUUGUGUCUCUGACGUCUUGCAGCUGGUUAUUAAUUAUGUGUCCGACUGUUUCGAUCUCUAGGUGGUGAUGCUCGAUGAGCCCACUUCAGGUAUGGAUCCAUCGGCUCGUCGCGCCACCUGGGACCUCCUUCAGGGGGAGAAACGCGGUCGCACCAUCCUGCUCACCACACACUUCAUGGACGAGGCCGACCUCCUCGGUGACCGCAUCGCUAUCAUGGCAGGAGGAGAGCUGCAGUGCUGCGGGUCACCACUCUUCCUCAAGAACAAAUACGGUGGGUGAAGUAUCUAUUAUAGAUAUUCAGUGUGGUGCACAGUGCAGCUAUAUCAAUAAUUCUCAAAGGCUAGGUCAAAGUAAAGCAGGAACAUACUGUACAUUGAUUAUUACAGAGUCAUUUCUCUGCUCCACAGGUGCCGGCUACCACAUGGUGAUUGUGAAAGACGCUCUUUGUAACGUGUCAGAGAUCACCCGCCUCGUUCACAUGUACGUUCCCAACGCCACGCUGGAGAGCAGCGCCGGGGCCGAACUGGCUUACAUCCUGCCUAAAGAAAGCACCAGCAAGUGAGUCAGCCUGCUCUUUGUUGAUGAUGCACUCACAGCGGCACGGAGAGAGCGUGAAGUGGCCUCACAGAGAUGGAAGAUUGCUGGUUAGAAAGGACUCCUGCUGGACAGCUGGGUCUCAGAAUAAUCAGUGUGAAAAGGGUCAGCGGCCUGGAGAAAUGGAUUAUAAAACUAGGAAUAAGUCGCACAAACCCUCAGUAUUUGAAUUCAUUAAAAUCUUUAAAAGAUAUUUGUCGACGUCUCUCCUUUUACCUCCUUUUCUAUACUGGAAAUCAAUACUAUAUUUCUUUACAAAUUGGAUUUUGACUCCAUGGAGGCACUUACUACACUCAUACACUUAUGUACACCACACUAAAAAUCAAUUUGUACACUCUGUGUUUGUGUUUGCUCAGGUUUGAGCUGCUGUUUGCUGAACUGGAGAUGAACAGAGACGAGCUUGGCAUCGCCAGCUACGGAGCGUCGGUAACCACCAUGGAAGAGGUUUUCCUCAGGUAAGCAGAUGAUGACUCCUCGGGUGAUUCAGCAGCCUUUAAUUUGACUCCUAAUGCAAGGCAGGUUUCUAAUUUAAUUUGAAGCCAAUUAAAGCAGCACAAUGAAUCUACAGUAUCACCCAGCUGAUAAUGACCGCUGACAGGAGAAGUGAAUAACAUUGAUUAUCUUGUCACAGUGGCACCUGUCAGUGGGUGGGAUGUGUUCAGCAGCGAAGGGACAAUCUGUCCUUUAAGUUAAUGUGUUAGAAGUUGGACAACAGGGUGACAAUAGAGGUCGUAUUGGGAAUUACUGGUCUGCAGUGGUCGGUAUCAAACAAAGGAGGUCAGAAGUUUGAUUCAUAUUUGUUCAUAUUCAUCAACUGUGUUUUUUAAAACUCCCAUGAGGAGUUUUUGAAGCGUUUUUCUGAAAUGGCGAUGAUCAUAAAAGGAGUUUUAAGUCUUGAAAGGAUUAUGGACGACCAAGGCUGAUUGAUGGGACUCGUACAAUCCAGCAGAAAGUGGACCUGAGUGGAGCUCAAUAAAAUACUGAUAAAGUUGAAGUUGAUCGUGACAGACAGGUCUCAUAAACUUGGAUGUAUUCUCUGUCACGCCAUCUGUUGGUGUCUAAAAGCCUGUUUGGAGCCAAAUUAGUCUUAACUUUUAAUAAAUAUAAACAUCAGCUAAGAGGUGGAGCUGAGGCGGGUUUUUAGACUCCUGUCAAACAGCUGCAGUGCACCACGACUCCAUCAACUCAGACCCUCAUUGAGUUUAUUUAUGCCAAACUCUGAAAAACUCAAAAUGAGGUCCAUAAUCCUUCACUGUUUUUUAAAAAGAAAGGAAAGUGAUGUGUGGGUCACGGACGAACCAGUUUAAAGAGCCGACUCUUUAUUGUGAAGGAUGGGAGCCGGUUCCCGUCUGUGGGCAGUUUUUUUUUUUUUCUCUCUCUUUCCCCCCCCCACAGAUCAUAGAAAAGAAUUACGAGACAGAAUGACAGGAUUUCUAUCUGCUUUGUGUCGCAAAGCAGAUAAGCAAGUUUACAAGCAAGUCAGUGCAUUUAUUGGGUGGUUUCAGAGAGUUGCAAGGGUCUGUAAAUGCAAUGAAAACAGUUGGCUACAGCAAUUUACUGAUAUUAGAAAAUGUAAUUUUUACCUGUGAAUACUUCAGUACAAAGGAUGUAUUGAAUAAUUUAAGAGGUAUGUGUACACAUACAUACACAUUAUAAGCCAAACAGCGCUAAAUUUGGCUGAAUUAGAAAAUGGUGUAAAAGUGGUCAAAUGAAGAGCUGUUUGGGAGCCGAAAGAGUCGGCUCUUCUUGGUGAGCUGAGCUGAAUGAUCUGGCUCACUGAAAAGAGCCGUAAUUCCCAUCGCCAGUGUUUUUUUUUUUCUGCAGUCUGCUUCAAGUGGACACUCAAGGUACUGCACCUGUUGAACACACCCGUCAGUGGCUCCAGUUUACCUAGCUUGAGUGGAUUACAAUUUGCGGUGUAUGGGACUGCAUUGCACACAGUGUUACAUAAUAAAGUGGAUUUUAUGUGGCCCCUUUCAUAGAAGAGUUUUUGACCUUCUGAGUUGAAACGGUUGACUUUCUCUCCGUCCCUGCAGCCUGGUGCUUUUUGAACCUUUAUCCUGCACCUCAGUGGACCUGAUAUUUGAAUUUCUGGCAAAAAAGCACCAAAGCACUUCCUCUAAUGACCCCUUUCAGUGCACACCGCUUCAGCCUGCAUGUGUGUAUGAUAUUGUCAUAAGAGCUGCCAAGAACGGUUGUCUCUCAGGCCUCAUUAUUUACAAGUCAUACUGGGAGUCCACCAGUUCACCAAACAUCAGACGUAACACCGAGAGGAACUGCUGUUUGAGCAUUUGGUCGUUUGGCUCCCUUCUGGCAUUUGGGAUUUGGCAGCCAAGUAAAUGACUUAUGAGUUGGAUGGAGACGCUGCAGCCAUGAAGACUCUCUCAAAUACUCCCUAAUUCACUGUAAAGAUGUUCUCUGUUAUCAGCAGCAUUAAAAAUGAACUAUACUGCUGGAGUUUUAAAUUUCUCAGAUAUGCACUUUUCCAAAACAUCCGAAGGCUCAUAACUUGUUGAUAGAUUUUCUCCUUAUUCCUCCACAUUGAAAGGAUACACUGAUUGUGAAUCUGGAUGUAUUUUUCAUCAAAAGCCCUCUGUGUCUGCUGAAGAUGAGGGAGUCUGAUCUGCUCGGAUGUGCCCUUCAUUGUACCAGCCUUGAUUAGAUGGUACGCUCUCCCUGAUUGUGGAUUGUAAGGCCCCAAAAAUAGCUUGUUGUUCCAAUCAGCCGCAUGUCUCUUUUUCCUGCUGAGCUGCUGAGAAGAAAGACGAAAAAAAAUGAAGUAUGGGAAGUCCAUCAUUUAAAUUCAUAAUGUUGCAAAGAUUAAGAAAAGAGUGGUUCUGCGUUUUAAUGGAUUACCUUUGAGGAUUCGCUCUAGAAGGUUUGAAUAUGUGUGUUUUUUUUUCAGGGUGGGAAAGUUGGUGGAUUCCAGUUUGGACAUCCAGGCGAUCCAGCUGCCCGCUCUGCAGUACCAACACGAGAGACGCUCCCAUGACUGGACCACGGACGAUGCCAGCAGCAUCAGCGGCAUGACCGACAUCACCGACUUCACGGACAGCGGCACUCUCAUCUCAGAGGACUGCUCCAACAUCAAGCUGAACACCGGGGUGAGACGAGCAAAAACCAAACAAGCCGAUGCAUGUAUCCAUCCACAGAAUAUUUGAAUCCCUUAUCCUCUCCUAUCAGGUCAGACUUCACCUGCAGCAGUUCUACGCCAUGUUCCUGAAGAGGGCGCUGUACAGCUGGAGAAACUGGAAGGUGAUGGUAGCCCAGUUCCUCGUGCCUUUGGUCUUCACUAUUGUGGCCUUAGUUGUUGCGCACACCAUCCCCGACCACGAGAACGCCCCUCAUCUGAGGCUGGUCCUCAGUAAAUACGGUACCACAAAGGUCCCUGUGGCUCUGCAGCCUGAGCCGGGUCCUCUCGCUGCCGCUCUGGCAAACACGUACAGCUCACAGAUCUCUGCACAGCUGGGCCAGCUCGUCAACAUCACAGGUAAGUACGAGGACACAGACGUGGGCUUGGCUGAGCUGAGAAGUGGAGUAUUCGCUCAUUAUACGCCUGUCUUCUCCUGUCUCUGUCAGAUUUUACAGAUUACGUCUUGACUCAGGCGGAGAAAGAAGGCGGCAGCUUUAAUGAGCGCUGCGUGGUGGGGGCUGCUUUCCGGGGAAGCAGGAACCAGUAUCCAGAAGCAACAGCUUACUUCAACAAUCAGGGCUACCACACUCCGGCUACAGCCCUCAUGAUGGUGGACAACGCUCUGUUCAAACUUAUAGCAGGACCGAACGCUUCCAUCGAGACCGGAAACUACCCGAUGCCACGCAACCUUACAGAGUCAGCAAAGAGUCAGCUCACAGAGUAAGUGUGUGGGAAGUGGGAGUGGGAGUGGACGCAAAAAAAAAAAACAGAGGAAGAUUUUUGACAGCUUUUCAGUAAAAAUGACUUUUAGAGCGUAAAAAUGCAGGAAAGCUCAGAGUUCCUUCAUGGAUGUCAGUCACUAACUGUUCAUAUAUAACAGUGGUAGUUUUACUGUCCCUGUGAGCAUCUUAGAGGUUAAAUAACACACAGUUUGAGCUUCUAUAGGGAGUAAAGUACAGCUUACAUAAAGAGGCAGUGGUGUAGUGGUUGAACAGUUAUCCUAGGGCUGGGCAAUAUGGUCUCAAAUCAAUAUCACAAUAUAUUGAGCAGUUCACCUUGAUAAUGACAAUUCGUUAAUGCUCCAGUCGCUACUUGUCUUUCCCUCUUUGUACAUCUCUGAUGUAGGACAGCGUCUUAAAGGGACAUGAGACCAUAGCCUACCUACACGCAUCCAAAACCAACUUUUAUUCAUUGAUAUUUUUGACACCGGAUAUACCGAUAUGGGCAAAAUUGGUGAUUGUCUUAAUUUCGGUAUCGGUAAAUUUUCAGUUUAUCGCCCAGCCCUACUGUCCAGCACUGUUGUUUUUUGGUCCAUCAAGUGUUACGAAGCGGAUGAUUCGUGUUUUUAAGAAUGGAGUGUGUGAGUGGAGUUUGUGUGUUAGUACCUCAGGAUGUCCAGCCUGUAUCCUAGCAACAGUAUCACAGAGAACAUCAAACAGGACUUCAGCUGCUGCUUUGGGUGGAAUGUUUACGACAUCACAUCUUCUCCUCGACAGUUAGGUGUGAAGACGUAGGACAGCGUCUUAAAGAGACAUGAGACCAUAGCCUACCUACACACAUCCAAAACCAACUUUUAUUUAUUUAUUUAUUUAUUUGACACCAAAUUUAUGUCGGGCAAAAUUAUGUCGGUUGUUGGCGUAAAUUUCGGUAUGGGUAAAUUUUCGGUUUAUCGCCCAGCCCUAAGUAAUCCUCAGAUAUCUUGUAAACAAGCGAACAGUCAGGAGAAAACAGUCAACAAAGGGCCGGUGCUGUUUUCUUUCACACCUUGCCAUUUCUUAUGCCUCUCCUCCGCACCGUCUUUUCAUCCCCUUUUAAUUUCUCUCGCUCUUUCCCUCCAUCUCCAGGGGGAAGACGGGCUUCAUCAUCGCCAUCAACCUGAUGUACGGCAUGGCGUCCCUGUCGAGCACCUUCGCCCUCCUCCUGGUCACGGAGUCCGCCCUCAAGUCCAAACACGUGCAGCAGGUCAGCGGAGUCUACCUGUCCAACUUCUGGUUUUCUGCUCUGCUGUGGGACCUCGUCAACUUCCUGCUGCCUUGUCUCCUCAUGCUGGUCAGUAAAACAUCUCGUAUUUCCUGCUGGAAUAAGAAACUGAGACUCUUCUCACGUCUAAGCUCGUCCUUUGCUCUCAGGUGGUGUUUAAGGCGUUUGCAGUGAAGGCUUUUGUGGACAACAACCACCUGGUAGAUGUGUUGCUGAUGCUGCUGCUGUACGGCUGGGCUGUCGUGCCUCUCAUGUACCUGCUCAGCUUCUUCUUCUCCACUGCUGCUACUGCCUACACGCGCCUCACCAUCUUCAAUGUGAUCUCCGGCACAGCCACCUUUCUGGCUGUCUCCAUCAUGACCAUCCCAGGUGAGAAUGAGACCCGGUCCUAAUUUAGCAGUGCCAUCACAGGGCUGUCAUGUUAUCCCUUUUCUCACGGCUUCCUCAUUAAUUCCCUCACCAGAUCUGAACCUGCAGGACCUGUCGCGCCUGCUGGAUAAGGUGUUCCUGAUCUUCCCAAACUACUGCCUGGGAAUGUCCUUCAACCAGUUCUACCAGAACUACCAAAUAAUCUCUUUUUGCACCACCAGUGACGCCACAAAGGAUUUCUGCAAAAUAUUUAGUAAGUGUUUAAUGGAUCCUCAUGGAGAGAAGAUAAUUUCUUCUUCUUGUGAGUAGAUCUACAGAAGAGUUUGGGUUAUGUAUGCACUCAUGAUGGGGGCCAUGAUGGUAUUUAAGAUGCAUUUGAAUCAUGAGUCACACUGCGAACAGCACUAUUACAUAUGCGACUGUGGAUUGGUUUGUUUCCAUAGUGAUAGUGAUGAUUUAUGAUUGGUCCUAAAAAUAAAUAUCAUCGCUGUCAGCUCCGAGUAGAGCCGGAUUGAUCAGGAGGGGUGCAGAUGGGUUAAUUUAUCGCACUAGAGUUGUCAUGACACCAGAAUUUGAAUUUCAAAUGAAAGCAGCAAAAAUAAAACGGCAACUAAAAAAAUUUAAAAAAAGAAAGAAAUCCUGGGCUCCCAAAACAGCACAAAAAUGAAUGUAGAAAAGAAAUUAAAUGUCACUUCAUAAUUUUACUGAGAAGUGCUGUCAACAGGAGAUGUCACCCGCUUUGACAAACAUGGACAUGAUUUUAGUGUCUUUAUUUGAGGCUUUCAACUCUGAUUUGCUCUUAAAUACUGUGUCCCUCUUCAUAGUUUGAAGUUAACAAGGUCUUUCAGUGACAGUUAGGACUGUUUGACGAAUACUGUCUUUGAUUGAGAGCAAAUAAGAGGAGUGGGUAGAGGUUGCAACAAGUGUUCAUAAAAUCCAGUUAUCUUCAUAGUUGGAAAUAAAGAAUCAAAACUUUUGUUUGAAUCCUGCUUUUUCUUCUUGUUUUCCUGACAUAACUCAGCAGUUUUGUUUAUUUAAAUUCCAGACAUCACAUACCAGACAAACUACUUCUCCAUGUCGGAGCCCGGUGUUGGACGUUUCCUCGUGGCCUUCUCCGUUCAAGGUGCCGUCUACAUAAUUCUGCUGUUCGCCAUUGAGCUGCAGUGUGUGCGCACUCUGAGACGAUUCUUAGCCUCUCUGGGCCGGAGGCGUAAACAGGUUUGUUUCCAGUCGUGUUAAAUAUGUCCUUGCAAACUCUACGCUCAUAAAUUCAACUCUUACGUUCAUCAAUUAUCGUGUCUGUGUGUCAGUUACCUUUAAUACAGGAUGCAGCGAUGCUCCCAGAGGACAGGGAUGUCGCAGAUGAGAGGAAGAGGGUCUUGGAGUGCCAGCCGAUGGUAGAGUCCAUGGUUGGUAGCCCCCUCAUAAUGCAGGAGCUCAGCAAGGUGGGUGUUUAGCACGUCAUGAGUGUGUCAGCUUUGAUAUGAGGUAUGACAGCGUGUCUUAGAGACUUAGAGUUAUCUGUCCUCCUCAGGUGUACAGCAGCGGACAGAACCUCCUGGCUGUCGACAGGUUGUGUCUCGCUGUAGGGAAAGGAGAGUGUUUUGGCCUCCUGGGCUUCAAUGGAGCAGGAAAGACCACGACCUUUAAGAUGCUGACAGGGGACGAGAGCGUCACCUCUGGGGACGCCUACAUCGAUGGAUACAGCAUCUUAAGGGACACUAAAAAGGUGAGAGCAGAGACAUAUGAAAGAAAGGACGCUCCUGCUUUUCAAAGAUAGAUAACAUUUGGGUAGAAGUUCACUGAAUCAUAUCUCUGGACUGCAGGUGCAGCAGCGUAUCGGUUACUGCCCUCAGUUUGACGCCGUGCUGGAUCACAUGACAGGAAGAGAAACUCUGAGCAUGUACGCCAGACUCAGAGGGAUACCGGAGAAGUACGUGUCCGGCUGUGUGGAAAAUGUGCUGAGGUCGCUGCUGCUGGAGCCUCAUGCUGACAAACUGGUCCGCAGCUACAGGUGAGCAGACUCCUCUGUCAUUUUGUCCACACAUAAACACUUUAUGUUGCCGAUAAGUGAGUAAAAGUUUGUUUUUGUCAUGUGAUGCAGCGGGGGGAACAAGCGGAAGCUGAGUGCAGGCAUGGCUCUGAUUGGUGGACCUCCUGUCAUCUUCCUGGAUGAGCCCUCGACGGGGAUGGACCCUGUGGCGCGGAGGCUGCUGUGGGACGCUGUUACGCGCACAAGGGAGUCAGGAAAGGCCAUAAUCAUCACUUCUCAUAGGUGAGUUUUAUUGUACGAGUCAGGCGCAUGCACCUUUAGAUAGAAAUUGGAAGUUUUACUUGAAUCUGAUUUCAUGCUCCAAUAAUGGUAAUAAAGUAAAACAAUAUAAAAUGAUAUUAUUAUAAUGAUGAGUCCAUAAGACGUGUCAAGACGUGAGUUUUAUGAUCUGUUAUCCAGUAUGGAGGAGUGUGAGGCCCUCUGCACCAGGUUGGCAGUGAUGGUCAACGGCCAGUUCAAGUGCCUCGGGAGCCCCCAGCACCUAAAGAGCAAGUUCGGCAGCGGCUACACGCUGCUGGCUAAAGUUCACAUGGAGGCUGAGCUGGAGGACAGCGACCUGCUGCUAUUCAAAGACUUCAUUGAAAGCACCUUUCCAGGUUAGAGGACUUCAGAUCAUCUCCGUGCUCCGUAUCAGGCAUCUGAAGGUGUUUUAAGUGUGAAUGUGGUUUUUUUUCUACUCUGCAGGUAGUCAACUGAAGGAUGAGCAUCAGGGAAUGGUGCACUAUCAUUUGACUGACAAAACACUAACCUGGGCUCAGGUACGUUGAUUUAGUCUGCAGAACGUGUGAAUUUCUGUGCUGGUGCUGUGUUAGAGCUCCCUCUAGAGGACAGGAUGAUGCAGAACAUCAACAAAGGACAGAUAGAUUUAUGCAGGAAGUAUGCGUAAAUGCCACAGCCCUAAUCCUUCCUCCUGUUUUCUGCUCCUGCUCAGGUGUUUGGCACUUUAGAGGCAGCCAAAGAGAAAUACCGCAUCGAAGACUACUGUGUAAGCCAGAUUUCACUGGAGCAGGUGUUUCUCAGCUUUGCCCAGUUCCAGCACUGUACAGAGAGCGGGAGGAAGUAAGCGGAGGGAGAGAAUCCGUCCAUCCAUCGUCCAUUUUCUACUGAGGCAGGCGUGCGCACAGACAGACAGACAGACUGCAGGAACAUGCGGCUUAUCUCCAGCUCCAUUUUUACCUUAACCACAAACACACACAUUCACAGACACAAACACAACCACACACACCGGGCCAGUCGCCAAAAAAAACGAACUGAGGCAUUUCUACUACUGUAUCACAUUGCUGUGUCUUUGUCGGGACGUUCAUGCCGUCGUUAUUGUCAUUGUUGUGUGUCAAGAAAUUCAGAGAUGUUGAUUAUACCAAGUCGAGACCGCUGGACACAGCACCUUAGUAGUGAGGCCUUUAAAACUCUCACUACUCUGAAUGUGUGACAGGGUUUAUUUGCGUGUGUGCACUUAUGCGUGGAUUGCUCGUCUCUUUUUUGUUUUUGUUGUUUUUGUUAUUUAUGAUUUUAUUUUAUAUCUUGAUUUUUGUUUCCAAGAAUUUGUGCUUUUUUUUGUGAUCAUGAAUCUCAUCACAAGAGAAUGAACCACUCCAUUUGAUACGUUUAUGAAAUCGUUGCACACCUUUUGCGCCUUAUCUUAACUCAAUGAGGGUUCUUGUUUCUCUUUUUCUUAAUGCCUGGUUAUCCUUCAGAGCCUCGUAAUGUCGUUGCCAGAUGUAAAUAAUAUAAUGUGUUCAUGGUACUAAAAAAAACACUUACUCAUUCAGGCCAGAGCAGAACAUUAACUCCUUUUAGACUGGUUCGGGAACAUUAAUGAAUGCAUGCAUAAAAAAGGGGUUUGCAGAGUGCAUGAUACUGAGAGCUACUGGAAAAACAAGAGGGGAUAAUCCUCAAGCACAUCCAGUCCAGUUUGAUUAUCAUAAGGCUUUUUCAGAAGUUGUUAACUUUUCCAUCACAGUUUACAUGAAAGUGAUUUGGUGCUGAAGAAUAAGAUAGCUCGACUCCAAACUGAAUGUGUUUGGUUUGGAUCUAGAACAGAAAGACUGAUGAAGAGGCGUUUUUCUACGUUUUUAUUGUAGCAGCUAUGCACGUCACACGUUUGUGAGAGUUGCAGCAAAAUGACUCCUAAAUUCAUGCAGACCAAAAAUGGUGCAUAAAUAUUUAAAAACGUCAUGAUUGUUUUUUGUGCUGUGGGUAGAUUUGAUUUUACUGCCGAGUCAUCAUAAGAGAUUAAAGGUGCUCGUAGGAAAUGCAAUAAAAUGCCCAGAAAUAGUAGAGCUACUACAAGUUAGGAACUUCCCUUUGCAUUUUGUGCACUUUUUCUUUGUUUAUAGAAGUUGAAACGAAUCUUAGUGCUCCGCUGUAGGAGUCAAUGAGAUCCCUGAACUACUUAAUUUAUUCCAUCCAUGUAAAAGAUUUGAUAACCUUGGAUGAAUAAUCAUUGAUCUGAGUGUGAAAAUGACAUUUCUCCUCUCAAUCCGCCCUCAACUUCACAGCAGUGACAUGAAUGUAUUUACUGCAGUGACCAAGUUUCUUUAUUUACAGCUUCUUAUGAUUUCAAGUUUCUUACCGUCACCUAACGAUGUGUGUGAAAACAAAGAGACUGACAUUCCAGAAAGGCACGGAUAUGUUGCUUUUUGAACUUUUAAAGGACUAAACCUUUAAUUUUGAGUUUUGUUACAUUCCUCCUGUGUUUUUGCACAAUCUCUGUCUCAUUACAUGUGUGUAUGACUUGAAUCAUCUGCAAUGUUAGAUACGUGGUUUGAGGAAAAAUGGAAAAGAUUCAUGCUGCUGAUAUUGAAGGAUUGAGUUAAAGCUGAAAUACAGUGUAUCAUAUUUAAAAAAAAAAAAAAAAAGGGAAUUUAAAUCAUUGUGAAUGUGUACUGUACUGUACCAUGGAACUGACCCUGUCAAAUGUAUAUGUAUCGCUCUUCUUUUUAAAUUAAAUAAUGCUCUAUGCAAGUGGUAGCAAAAAA